UCACUUUCGCCUUCGCCGCCCCCUAGCUCGGGCUGUGUCCCCUCCCCACCCCGCAGCCUUCCCCCACAGCCCCCGGCGCUCCCUCCGCGGCCAUGGAGGCGCUCAGAGCCCGGGUGGUGAGCACGCUGGACCGCCUGAGCCCACCCGAGCUGGAAGAGUUCAAGUUUUACCUGAGGAGCUCCGGGAAGAAGCCUAGGAUCCCGAUGGAGGACCUGGACACGGCCCCCACGACCUCGGCUCUGGCCGAUCUGCUGGUCAAGCGCUACGUCGUGUCCGGGACCCCCAGGGUCUUGGUCCGGGUGUUCCAGCGGAUGCGCCGGAACGACCUGGUAGCCGAGUGGGUAUUGCAAAACAUCAUGUUGGACAUACUACGUUGGUGUGGAUGGAUUCUUCGCAAUUCCCAGCAUCAGAUAUUGCAGAGAGAUAAAAAAGGUGGUCCAUUUUCCCCGAAAAUACUGAGCGUUUUGACAAUGACUUUGAAGAGACAGUAUGAAAAUGAUGGCCCUAAAAUGGAACGCUAUAACAUGGAAAAACCUCGUAAGGCUUUUGUGAUGUGUGUGAAGACAGGCAGACCAGGGGCUAAGCAGGAUAUGAAGAGAAUGAGAAACUGGCUUAAAGCGUGCAAGUUUGAAUGUACAUCUUGCAUCAAUCCUGAUGAAAAGGGGUUAAUGGAGAAAUUACGAGAGUUUCGAGAUGGAAUAAAUAAAAGAAAAGAUGAUGUGAGCUGCUGCCUUGUUACUCUCAUGGCCCAUGGAGGAAAAGCGUUAUAAAAACAGUACUGGAUGAAAGAAUCAACUUAUCAGACAUCUUUGAAAUGUUCAACAAUAAAAACUGUCCAGCACUUCAAAAGAAACCAAAAAUCUUUAUAAUCCAGGCUUGUAGAGGAGGUAAGUAGAAGGAAAAAGAACACCUCAGCAGUGGCAGGGAAUUCUUAGGCUUCACUGUAAGUAUUUUCUUCUUCUCUUUAGGAAAUCCUGACUCUGAUUUUCAUCCCAGAAAGAAUUUCCUUUCUCUACUGCUUCUCCUUAUCUUACAAGAAGAAAUACUCAUUAG